AACUCCCCUCCCCCAAAAGAAUGUUAAAUAUGCUGAAUUUUAAAUAUAUCAAACGGAGAUAAGUUGAAUCUUGAGAUAUUUUAUUAUGAUGAAAUCUAUCAUUCAGUGUAACAGACUAUUUGCGAUACUACGUUGGUCUCUUUCAUGGAAGCUUCACGAACUAAUUCGAAGGAUUUCCGUCGAAAAUUUUUGCGGCGAUCGGCCAUGCUUAACGCGCGCGCGCGGCAUCCAACAUAUAUUGACAUUGACACCGUUUCCCCGAUAUAUCAGACUCAUUAUGCAUUAGCGUCGGGAUUAUAAUGCGCGCGCGUUUUGAUCCGAAGGUCUCGAUAACUUCGAUCUACUUGCACAAUUUGCCGCGGCUGCGUGGAAUCAGAUUGCCGUCAAGGAAAGCGAGAAAAUUAUGAUCGUAGACGGAGAGAACGGCGCGUAAUAGAUACAUUUCGGUACGGCUGUCGAGCUUUCUAUUGUUGAUUUACGAGCGGUGUACCGGCGCAAACAACAUUUCGAUGUUAUCGCGCGACUUUUGCAUACAUCGGCACCGAUUAUUGCCGGCUAUAUCAGGCCUGAUGAAUGAACCCCGAUAAAAUUUUAUUUCGAUAAUUAUAUUUCGCGGGUAACGUUUGAAAUUAGCAUAAUUUUAAUUACCCCUUGCUUUUCGGUGCCAUUUAAAGUAAGGUGGAACGAGUCGGUUUUACGUUUCGAGUGACUUAAAACGCGCCUGCGAUUGAGAAGCGACGUUGUCGCGCGACGUAUCUCGCGUCUCUAAUCUCCGGCGAGAAAUAAACCGACAUAUAAUAACGAUUCUGCGCCGAGCGAUCGUUCAAAGAGCUAAUGACAGCAAUAAUCCUCGUUGUGGAGCACUGUCGGUGACAAAUAGAGCAAAUCGCCGUACCGUUGACUCACUCGCUCGCUGUCGUAAUCGCGCGCGCAGUGCCGGACGGAUCUCGAUCGAUCUGCAAAAAAACAAGAGAGAGAGAGAGAGAGAGAGAGAAAAGGGAGGAAGGACUGCUUUAGCGACGUUUCGUGUUGCUAAUUAAUCACGGGAUCGGAGCGAUCGGUCGUCGUCGUCGUUGUUUCAUUCGUCGACUUGUGCGUGGCAUCGCAUCCAGAUUAUGGAGCACAUCAUUCGGUUAGGUGAUGACCGAAGACGAUGGUAUUUCGAUUGUGCGACUUCUCCGGACGAGUCGCUUUACAUGCCGAAUCCUGCACGCGGUAUAAGGCACUCGGCUGGAACGGCUGUGCACAUUUGCAUAUUAACGACCUCGAGCGCUAAGAAUGGGCUUCUGAAAAUAUAUACGCGUUCGUAGCGGUCGUUGCGUAUUUCUACACUUACCUGUUGGCGUUGGCGCCAUUCGGGGUAAACCGCGCUAAAAAAUCACGCGGACAUAUAUUUGCGGGACGUCGCACGAGGUUUAAACUUCUUUUCGAGACAGACGAAUCAUCCCGCGAAGGCAAUUCGCAAGAGACGAGCGCUAAAUAAAUCAGGCAGUCCCUGAAAUGUCAGAUAUUCAGGCCGUUUCUUCGGUUUCGGCACCUCGAGAGUGACGAAAAGCGUCAGCGGCACAAAUAUUCUACAACAAAAUGCACUUCGUAGAGGUCUCAAGGUGAUCGCGGGCUUUAAUGGGUUAAUAGGACGUUAAUCUCCGUCUCUGUGCGGCGAUAUCUCUGAUUGGACGAACGCCAUCGUGGAACCUCGGGAAAGAGGAACCGUCCAGAUCUCUCUCGUGGACCUGAAAGAUUUGCGUGACGAUGCGCCAUGAUCUGAUAUUCGUCUUUCAACUGGGUGGCUUCCCGCGUCGAAGGAGUAUUUCCCAAGCAAUUACUCAUGGUUUGUCGGUUGAAUUCCUCCUCGUGACGACCGCUCGAGUAACCCGACAGGAACAUCAAGACUUUGUAACAGACAUGAUCGAAUGAUGGAGGUGAUUUCGACACGCCGAUACGAGGCCCGUCCACCGGCGAAUACCCACUCCUCUAUUCUCGUUGACCCUGAGAACUCUGUGGCAUUAAUCAAAGAAGAGGAAUGGGAGACCCGCAAGAAAAAGGAGAUCACCACCACGCGACAAAUCGAGACGAGAGUGAAGCGGCAGGUCGUUCUCGAAGAUGGUGAGGUCGUCGUCGACUCCGGACCCCUCGUCACUACGAACACGACUGAGGAUGUCGAGCAACAGGAACAUACGACUCAGGAGAGACGCACGACCGGGGAUCAACCGCAGGAGGUCGACUGGCGGCCGGCGGCAGGUGGUGUUGCGACCGGAAAUGGCGGUAACGUCGUGCAAAAGGAGCUGAACGAGACGGUCGUGAGGAGCCGCGAGGAGAUCGAGGAGAGGCUCGAGACCGAGGAUCGUCAGCAGCUGGGAGAUAUCUCGGACGAGGCGUACCAGAAAGCGGUGCGUAACAACAGGGGCGAUCUGCGAGUGGCCCUCGCCGAAUCUUCGAAACAACUGGCACCGCGGUCCGGUCCGCGGGUCAUUCAGCACACGACUAGGUCAAACAAAGUCAUCGACACCGAAAAGACCUUGGAGAAAAAGGAACUGAAGGCUGAUGGAUUAAUCGUUACCGAGAAGAAGCGAACGGUCGAGCACGAAGAGAUUAACGACGACGAGGUCCCGGACGACGGGAAGAACGACGACGACGACGACGACGACGACGACGACGACGCCUCUGAAACGAAGAAGGAGAGCUCGCAGAGAUACGUUAAGAGGAGAGAAGAGGACGUGGUGGACUACAUCUCGGCCGGCGAGAGAGUCGGCCGAGAAAUGCGCUACGUCGCAGAGACAAUCGAAGGAGAACGAAUAGGCGACUGGUCACCAUCACCGACGGGCAUGCGGACGACUCGUUUUCACAAAUAUCCCGGUUUCUCGGAUGCCGCCCGGAAGGAUGCUUUGACAAAAAAGCCUUUGGAUCUAGAGGAGGAGGACGAGGCGAGGAAAUUUGAAACGUCGAAAUGGCUGGAGAGCCAUUUCGGCAGCGAUUCGCGUUCUUCGCAUGGGUCUCUCGAUGCCGAUGACUCUCCUCUGCCGAUUGGUACUAACACGAGCUAUAUCAACGUCACCAUGAAAUCAUGCACGCCUAAAGAACGCGAUUAUCAGAAUGUGAGUUCCAGUCGCAAUCAGCGACGUGGUCGAGAGUCGAACUCGCCUUCAGGAUAUUUUCAUGGUAUCAGCGAAUGGUCGGAACGAUAUCAAGGAAAAGAGAAACAAAAUCAUGUGCGAUCAAACUCUCCGGUUCGGUACAUGGAAUCUUCACGUACCAACGGACAUGCCCAUGGGCAUAAGAGAAAUCAAGUUGAAUCAUCAUAUUCGAAAACUUACGAAUCGUUUCGACGCGAGUAUCAAGAUCCCAUCGAGGAACGUCAACGUACACCAUCCCCACCGAUACGUCGAAGAUCGAAAGAACAGUGGGCAAGAUCCGAAGAGAAGGUUAGUUCAAACGAGCUGUCAUUGGGUCGUACUUCAAGUCCAAUACAUGUGGUGCAAAGAACUUGGGAAAGUCGUAAUCGCGACGUUCAAGCACAGACAUCCGAACGCGAUAAUUAUAGGAGCACUUCACCACGAUCGCGAUCAAUCUCGCCGAAAUCGCCGAUAAACGGUCGCGAAGAGAAAAAAUCGGACAGUUUACGAGCGUCGAAGAGUCAUGGACCUAAGUACAAGAUCGGUGAAUCCUUUCGCAAACUAGUGGGCAAGUUACGUUCAGCCAGUACGGAGAGAAAGAACAAACGGACCAGUGGCGGUUCGACCUCGCAACUGACGCAGACCGACGACAACGGACCGACCUAUUUGCAAUACAACGUGAUAGACAGAAAUAUUCCUUUUGUCAGCGAACAACGGGACACGACGGAGGACAAACCACCGGAGAGACCACCGCGAUCGCCACGAAAUGCCAAUCCAUCGAACAAAGUCACGAAGACGAUCAGAACGGCUGAUCAUAUUGUUCAAGAGCAAUGGCAACGCAACGAGUCCACGCCGCCACCCUUGCAGAGGUAUUACUUGGGCGAGGAUCCCUUCGGCGGCAGCAUCUACGGCCGCGAAAAAGGAUACGAAGACGACAGAGAUCGGCUGCGAUACGGAAGACCGCGCGGCUCCGGUAAAAUUGCCGUAGAUUCUGAACACAGCGUGGCCUCCAGCUCCCUCGGCAGGUUUAGCAAGUCCACCAGCAAACUGGCCGGCGAUUACGAGAGGGAGGAGCACUUCCGGUCCACCCAGACGUUACCGCGAAGCCUGCAUUCCGCCGGUGGUGGACAAUCGGCCCGUUCGCAGACCAGGCGGCACCAGGUGAACAUCGGCCGGCACGGCGUAUCAAGCUCCGGCAAGGCCAGUCGGCAGCACAGUAGCAUGAUCAACAUAUCGAUCAAGAACACGGUGAACACCGUGUCGCCGAAAAUGAACGCCACCACCACGUCCGCGUACAGCACCCUUCAGGCGCCGCCAAAACCCGAACGUACAUAUAAAUCGUCGCUGUCGCGCAGCAAAAGCUUCAACGUCGAGGCCGACAAAAGCGGCGUCGACACGCCGACCCGCGCACCAUAUACCUCCAAUUUGCACCUGAACCGGCUGGACGAGACGCCGCCGCUCAAGAGCCCCGGCAUUCUCGCCAGCAUCAGCCGUAGUAACAGGGAUCUGUUAAGAGACGGUAAAUAUUGAGGUAGUCGUCGGCACCGUAAUAAAUUAUAUCCUUCCUCUUUGGACGCCGAAUUGUCUCUCUCUCUCCUUCUCCUUAUAGACAUGCGUGUAUAAAGAGCCUCCUUUCCAAAA